AUGGCUACAAUUCGCAUAAGGCAGCCUGGGACCGAAAAAGAUGGUGUCAGUCAGUCUACACUCUCUCUCGAUCAAAUCCCCCCUCUGGGAGCGGAAAAAUUAGAGAAGCGCUUCUGGUGGCAGCGCACUAGAGCGAUCGAUCCAUAUGCAAUUGCAACGCAGCCCAGUGUCUUUGAUGAUCCUGACACUGCAGAAAAAUACCAGCCUCCAGACAAUUGGGAAAAUGUACAUCGCUUUGAUCCACUGGCGCGAUGGACCUGGGCCGAAGAAGACGCUUUAAUUCGAAAGAUGGACUUUCGAAUUACGGCCUGGGCUUGUAUAAUGUUCAUGGCGCUCGAAAUGGAUCGAACCAAUCUCAGCCAAGCAAACUCGGACAACUUUCUUGAGGAUCUAAAUUUGUCAACAAAUGACUACAACUUAGGAAAUACAGUCUUCCUCAUCGCCUUUCUUCUAGCCGAAGUUCCGUCUCAGCUGGUAUCUAAAUGGAUAGGCCCCGAUCGAUGGAUUCCCUCUCAGAUGGUCCUAUGGAGUAUAGUUGCUGGCGCCCAAUUCUGGCUGUCCGGUCGGUCAUCAUUUCUAGCUUGUCGAGCUUUACUAGGUCUUCUACAGGGCGGUUUCAUCCCAGAUAUUGUAUUAUAUCUCUCGUACUUUUACAAACAUCACGAAUUGACCUUACGACUGAGCUGGUUUUGGGGGAUGAUGACGGUAGCGGAGAUCCUCGCCGCUUUACUAGCUUACGGCAUUCUCCACAUGAGAGAUGUUGAAGGUCGAUCUGGUUGGCGGUGGCUCUUCCUGAUUGAGGGUCUCAUGACUCUUUUUGUAGGAAUUCUGGCAUUUGGUUUGAUGCCUGCCGGCCCUUGUCAAACUAGAAGUUGGUUCCGAGGCAAAGAUGGAUGGUUCUCGGAACGAGAAGAGAUUAUCAUUGUCAACCGUGUCCUGCGCGAAGAUCCUUCGAAGAGUUCGAUGCACAACCGUGAACCAAUCACGCCAAGGCUGUUGCUCAAGAGUUUAAUGGACUACGAUCUCUGGCCACUAUAUAUUAUUGGACUCUUGUUCCAGAUUCCAGCCGCACCAGUGGGCAGAUAUCUCACGCUGGCACUCAGAGGGCUUGGCUUCAGUACUUUCCAAACCAAUCUUCUAACCAUACCUUCUAGCGUCUUGAAUAUUAUUACUAUGUUUGCUUUAAGCUACUUGGCCGAGAUCCGGAAUGAGAUGGUCUUGACAGCAAUGCUUGGCCAGGUCUGGUGUCUUCCAUUUUUGAUUUGGCUCGAAGUAGGCUAUACAGCUGAAAGCAAUAAAUGGGUUGUAUUCACCAUUAUUAGUCUCUUACUGAGCUAUCCCUACGCACACCCAAUCCAAGUGGGCUUGAACAGCCGCAAUUCCAAUACUGUACGCUCACGAACUGUAUCAGCCGCGACAUACAACAUGUUCGUGCAGCUUGGAAAUAUCAUAUCGUCGAAUCUCUAUCGCGCUGAUGAUGCUCCGCUUUACCGACGUGGCAACAAAUACCUCUUAGCUAUCACUUCAGUGAGCAUUGUCUGGUAUCUGUUUACCAAAUGUUACUAUAUAUUCCGGAACAAACGGAGAGAUGAGAAAUGGGAUGCCAUGACGGAAGAGGAGAAGCUACACUACUUGGCAACAACAACUGAUGAGGGUAACAAGAGAUUAGAUUUCCGUUUCCAACACUAG